UCACAUGCAACACUACCUCGCUUGGGGUCCGACUCUCUACACUUCAUCAUGGCGUAUUCGUCCCCAGUUCACUCUCAAAACUUCUACCAACCCGACGCAUCGACGCCUCCACCCCCGCCCCCAAAGCCAGGACGUUCAAAUGGGAAUGCGACUCCAUCACAGGGACCUCCAUUGCCCCCACCCCCACCGGGUCAGUCAUCGUAUCCGGGGGAUCAGCAGCAAAGCCCUCGUGUACAACAGCAAUAUUCUCAGAUAGACUCCGAGCAACCCACAGUCCAACCGCCCGAAGAUGGGUGGCUACCUGACGUGCUCAAGGACAAACCGACCAAGGACUUGCACCAUGUGCUUCAGACAUCGGAACUGCAGCGUGCUAUAGUUCACAAUCCCGAUACAACACAUCCAUCGCUGCCAGCAUCAAUCGCGCCUCUACAGGCGCUUCUUGCACAGAACGUGGGACUUGCAGAAUCACUCAAGCAGCUUGAAGCACAUGUCCAGCAUCAGCGCGAUGGCACACAGUCGCGCCUACUGGCACUCCGUGCUUUGGAACGUCAGUGGAGAGCAAAGCAGACUGAACAGGACGAAGCACUCCGAGAGUUCAGUCCGCCGGCCCUGUAUCAGCGACUGAGUGCUUCAGUAGGCGAGCAAGAGGCUCUCUGCCGGGGACUGGAAGAGAGCUUUCUCGAAGGCGAAGGCUUUGGCGGUGGAGACGCCGUUGCCAGCGAUCGAGAAGUAACGGACUUUGUGAGGCGCUUGAGAGAAGGCCGGAAGAUUGCGUACCUUCGAGCAGAGCGCAAGGAGCGAUGGGACGAAGGUCGGGUUGGCGGUUGGCGGUGAUCCACCUUGAACUUAUUAUAACUACUAAUAUCAGACCACGCAUCAACCGUCGCAUCGUCAAGUCGGUGCUGGAAUUACCAAAUUGAAAUUGCCAUUGCCAUGGCAUGAUAGUUAUGCGGCGGCGGAAGUCGGAAGCAUGCCUGAGAGUCAAGGCCACAGGCACAUGCUAGUCAGGGCGCGAGAUAUGCGCCCGCGGCUAUGAAUCUAAGAUUGCAUCCCAGGGGCCUCGUCAUCUCCGCAGGAACAUACCUCACUGUUAGCUAAGAUAGGCCGAGAGGCUGGACUUGUCUCCACGACUCAUUGCGAUGAGCACUGUCCGUCGUUCGCGGCUGAGCCACAUCCCAAGACAGAUGCCCCUAGCGUGAUGACUUCCGCAUUUGGCUGAUUCCGUACGCGUCGGAAGAUUGCGCGAUGCCAAAAUGAAGGUGAAUGCAAGCCACCCGUUGCGGGUGUCACAUGGC